UAAAAGGGGGAUGACCCUAGCUAGCUGAUGCCACCAGUGACCUCCGACGCCCAGGGGCCAGGGGACCCCUUGAGGGUUACACGGGAGGAAAGGCCAGAGAGCUGAGACAAGUCUCCGACUCCUGAAAGAAACGCACUGACCUCAAAGGGGAGACCCCUCGAGGUGCCCAGCACUCCGCUGCCAUGUGCGAGCUAUACAGCAAGCAGGACACGCUGGCGCUGCGAGGGAAGUACAUCGGAUGUUUUCAGGCACCAACUCCAGAUACUUACAGAGGAAAAUAUAGAGAAGACCACUCAGACCCAGCCAGUGCUUAUGCAGAGGAAGUGAGGAAGAUUAUUGAAGAAGCUCAUAACAAUGGAAGGAAGAUUGCUGCCUUUAUUGCUGAAUCCAUGCAGAGUUGUGGCGGACAAAUAAUCCCUCCAGCAGGCUACUUCCAGAAAGUGGCAGAAUAUGUACACAGAGCAGGGGGAGUGUUCAUAGCUGACGAAGUUCAGGUAGGCUUUGGCCGAGUUGGAAAACAUUUCUGGAGCUUCCAAAUGCAUGGUGAGGACUUUGUUCCAGAUAUUGUCACAAUGGGAAAACCCAUGGGCAAUGGCCACCCAAUGGCAUGCGUAGUGACAACCAAAGAAAUUGCAGAAGCCUUCAACAACGCUGGGGUGGAGUAUUUCAAUACGUAUGGAGGAAAUCCAGUGUCUUGUGCUGUUGGUUUGGCUGUCCUGGAUAUCAUUGAAAAGGAAGACCUCCAGGGAAAUGCUAUGAAAGUAGGAAAUUACCUUAUUGAGUUACUGAAUAAGCUGAAGGCUAAGCACACUUUGAUAGGCAAUAUUAGGGGCAUCGGCCUUUUUAUCGGGAUUGACUUAGUGAAGGACCAUGAGGAAAGAACCCCGGCCACAGCAGAAGCCCAGCAUGUCAUCUACAAGAUGAAAGAAAAACGAGUACUUCUCAGUGUCGAUGGACCUCAUAGAAAUGUGCUUAAAAUAAAACCACCCAUGUGCUUCACUGAAGAAAAUGCAAAGUUUAUGGUGGACCAACUCGAUGGGACUUUAACAGGUGGGUACACAGAUAUUUUUUGUGUGUCUGUCUUGCAGAUGCACAAGGACGCACAUGUGGAAUUGCUCAGUGACAGCAUCAAUGACCCCACAGAAAAUCCCAGCAGAAAGAGAAAUGGAAUGUGCACAAAUCAGCAUUCACUGCUCAGUAAAAGGCUCAAGACAUGAGAGAUUAGCAUUAUGAAGUCAUCAUUUUCCAGAGUUGCAGAGAAUGAAUGGAUACGUCUCAUCUCUUUGUAGUUCUAUUGUACUAUCUACAAGUAGAGUUUUCAUUCAGUUUAGAUUUGUAAGGAAAAAGGUAAAUGAGUAAUAAGAAUAAACCAAGUGCAAUUAAACUAAGCCAAGAUUACUAAUUCAUUCUCUAGCCUAUUAAUUCCUUACUUGAGAUUUCUGAAGUUACUUAACUUGUUCUUCUAAAUUUAAGUUUGGAAAUACAAAACUAAGAUGGCAGUUUUACCUCUCAGGUUUCAAUGUUUGAAAUUAAAGGACUGAAUAUAAUAGAUUCUUAACUUUGGAGACUUGUACAUUAAAUAUGAAUUCUAUAAUGGUUUAACAUAAAAAUAUAUUUAUGGACUGUAAUAAAUAAAAGAUGAUGUACAUUUAAAAAUUUACUAGGAAAGUGUUUACCCUUCUUUUGCAGAGAAUGUUAAAGGUUGGGGUGCCAAAAAAUCAAAGUCAUGUAGAAAAAAAUCAUAUGCUGCAAAUAUUAAAAUGUGAAUGAAUAAUAA